AUGGGCCAUGACAUGCAGUUUCCCUUUGCCCCGCGCUUCAGAAGGAUCCAUUUGUGGGCAGCAGGUGUUGCAGCUGUUAUUUGUGGUGAUUUCGUUGCCUGGCAACCUGCUUUUGGACAAGGCAUUGGCUGCGCAUUGCUCGGAUUCUUCGUGGCGGCGCUGUUUUACGUGUUGCUGGUGAGCAGUCUCACAGAAGUCAUAAGCCGGAUGGGAGAUGCGGAAGGCCCCAGCCAAGUUGCGGCCUGCAUCGGGCCCAGGACUUCCUUCUUGGCUGGCUUCAUGGAAUGCUUGAAGUGUGUUCUCAUCAUUGCGGAUGUGACUUCUGCCAGUGGCGCCCUAAUGCAGGAGCUGACUGAGUCCCCUUCUGAUCUUCAACCCCUGUGGUGGCUUCUUUUCUGUGGGAUCAUCCUAUUGCUCAACAGCAAACUCAUGACAUUCUCAGUACAAGCUUUGGUGGCAAUGACUUUGGCAAGCCUCGCAAUUGUGCUGGCUUACUUCCUGUUCUCGAGCGCACGCACUUUCGAACUUGCGCAGGAAGCGAUGGCAGGUGGAGACCUCUUGAGCGACGUGUCAUUGCUAGCGUUCUUCAAGUCGCUGCCGGCUGGCAUUUGGUGCUUUCUGGGCCUGGAACAAAUGUUGUGGUUCGGCAAAUUUGCAGUGGAUCUCAAGACGAAUCUGCCGCGUGCUCUCACCUGGUCAUACGUUACGCUUUUCAUCCUGGCGAUGCUGACCUUGAUUUGCAGUCUUGCUGCUUCACCAGGCAGGCACGUCACGACGCACGAACAGUUCCCCUUGUUGGUUGCUUACUUUGACGUCUUCGGGGAGAGUGCUGUCGCCCGCUACUUCGCAUUGCUCUUGCUCUUGGGCAUCCUCGCUUCGCUGCAUGUGUUCACCUUUGUGGCUGGGCAGCUUGUCACGCAAAUGGCAGAAGACUCGUUGCUUCCAGCGUGUCUGGCCCAACGAGAUGGGCAGACAGGAGCUCCAACGUACUCCUCCGCAGUGUGUGUCGUGAUCGCGCUCCUGUUUCUGGAAGUCAUCUUCCAAGCCUUGGAUCAUCGCUAUGAAGAGAUCAGAGCCACUUUCACCAGUGCGGCAUCCAUUUGUGCCCUUGGGGGCUACAUGAUUCAGCUCAUUUGCUUCAUGUUGGUAAGAUGCCGGAACCAAACUGAGGACACCAUAUUCUUAUCUCCCUUCGGAAUGCUGGGCGCUGGAACUGCUUUCGCGAUUACGCUUGUCCUGAUGGCAAGUGUGCUGCUGUCGCCUUUGUUCCACUCGCUGAACUUCUGUGGAGUAGCGCUUUCGCUAGCAGUGCUUCUGCUCGCCAACUGCCUUCACGAAUCAUACAGACGUCAGCAGAAACGGAAGUCCGCACGAAGCAGCAGCACAAUUCUGCAGAAGAUGGACUGCGGCACAACGCAGCCGCAAGCAAGGGCAUGA